CAGCAGAAGCAGAAGUAGGAGCGCCGGCGUCGGAGGGCUUGCGCGUCAGGGAGUGCCCGGAGCCCGGACGGCGGGCGAUUGCGCGCGGGACCCCGGAGCCGGGACCUGCGGCUGGGGCACGGCCAGCCUCCUUGUUCCCUCGCUCCUCCUCCUCCCUGGAGAGGCCGACCAUGACCACCAUGGUCAAUGUGGACGGCCUUCCGGAGUAUGAGAAGAGUCAGAUCAAGAGAGCCCUGGAGCUGGGCACAGUGAUGACCGUGUUCAGCUUCCGCAAGUCCACCCCGGAGCGCAGGACCGUCCAGGUGAUCAUGGAGACGCGGCAGGUGGCCUGGAGUAAGACGGCCGACAAGAUCGAAGGUUUCUUGGAUAUCAUGGAAAUAAAGGAAAUCCGCCCGGGGAAGUGCUCCAAGGAUUUUGAGCGUGCAAAAGCAGUGCGCCAGAAGGAAGACUGCUGCUUCACCAUCCUGUACGGCACCCAGUUCACCCUCAGCACACUCAGUUUAGCAGCUGACUCUAAGGAAGAUGCAACCAAGUGGCUCUCCGGCUUGAAAAUCUUACACCAAGAAGCAAUGAGUGCGUCCACACCCACCAUUAUUGAGAGUUGGCUGAGAAAGCAGAUUUAUUCAGUGGACCAAACCAGAAAAAACAGCAUCAGCCUCCGAGAGCUGAAGACCGUCUUGCCCCUGGUCAACUUCAAAGUGAGCAGUGCCAAGUUCCUCAAGGACAAGUUUGUGGAAAUAGGCGCGCACAAAGACGAACUCAGCUUUGAGCAGUUCCAUCUCUUCUAUAAAAAACUAAUGUUUGAACAGCAAAAAUCGAUUCUCGAUGAAUUCAAAAAAGACUCCUCCGUGUUCAUCUUGGGGAACACUGACCGGCCGGACGCCUCUGCUGUUCACCUGCACGACUUCCAGCGGUUUCUCUUACAUGAACAGCAGGAGCUCUGGGCUCAGGAUCUGAACAGAGUCCGCAAGAGGAUGACAAAGUUUAUCGACGACACAAUGAGGGAAACUGCGGAGCCCUUUCUGUUCGUUGAUGAGUUCCUCACGUACCUGUUUUCACGGGAGAACAGCAUUUGGGAUGAGAAGUAUGAUGUGGUGGACAUGCAGGACAUGAACAACCCCUUGUCUCAUUACUGGAUCUCCUCAUCACAUAACACGUACCUCACAGGUGACCAGCUGCGGAGUGAGUCGUCCACGGAGGCAUACAUCCGCUGUCUGCGCAUGGGCUGUCGCUGCAUUGAGUUGGACUGCUGGGACGGGCCCGACGGGAAGCCCAUCAUCUACCACGGCUGGACACGGACCACCAAGAUCAAGUUUGAUGACGUCGUGCAGGCCAUCAAAGACCACGCCUUUGUCACCUCGAGCUUCCCUGUGGUCCUGUCCAUCGAGGAGCACUGUGGCGUGGAACAGCAGCGCUACAUGGCCAGAGUGUUCAAGGAGGUGUUUGGUGACAUGCUGCUGACGAAGCCCACGGAGGCCAGUGCCGACCAGCUGCCCUCACCCAGCCAGCUGCGGGAAAAGAUCAUCAUCAAGCAUAAGAAGCUGGGCCCCCGAGGCGACGUGGAUGUCGACAUGGAGGACAAGAAAGAUGAGCACAAGCAACAGGGUGAACUGUACAUGUGGGACUCCAUCGACCAGAAAUGGACUCGGCACUAUUGCGCCAUCGCCGAUGCCAAGCUGUCCUUCAGCGAUGACAUUGAACAGACCAUGGAAGAAGAAGUGCCCCAGGAUACACCCCCUACCGAGCUGCAUUUUGGAGAGAAGUGGUUCCACAAGAAGGUGGAGAAGAGGACGAGUGCCGAGAAGCUGCUGCAGGAGUACUGCUCCGAGAUGGGGGGCAAGGACGGGACCUUCUUGGUGCGGGAGAGCGAGAGGUUCCCCAAUGACUACACCCUGUCCUUCUGGCGGUCAGGCCGCGUCCAGCACUGCCGGAUCCGCUCCACCAUGGAGGACGGGGUCAUGAAGUACUACCUGACUGACAACCUCAUGUUCCCCAGCAUCUACGCCCUCAUCCAGUACUACCGCGGGACGCACCUGCGCUGUGCCGAGUUCGAGCUGCGCCUCACGGACCCUGUGCCCAACCCCAACCCCCACGAGUCAAAGCCGUGGUACUAUGACGGGCUGAGCCGUGGAGAAGCGGAGGACAUGCUGAUGAGAGUUCCCCGGGACGGUGCCUUCCUCAUCCGGAAGCGGGAAGGCAGCGACUCCUAUGCCAUCACCUUCAGGGCCAAGGGCAAGGUGAAGCACUGUCGCAUCAACCGGGACGGCCGGCACUUCGUGCUGGGGACCUCCGCCUACUUCGAGAGCCUGGUGGAGCUCGUCAGUUACUACAAGAAGCACGCGCUGUACCGGAAGAUGAAACUGCGCUACCCCGUGACUCCCGAACUCCUGGAGCGCUACAGCAUGGAAAGAGACAUAAACUCCCUGUAUGACGUCAGCAGAAUGUAUGUGGACCCCAGCGAAAUCAAUCCUUCUAUGCCUCAGAGAACUGUGAAAGCUCUGUAUGACUACAAAGCCAAGCAGAGUGAUGAGCUGAGCUUCUACCGUGGCGCCCUCAUUCACAACGUCUCCAAGGAGCCCGGGGGCUGGUGGAAAGGAGACUAUGGAACCAAAAUCCAGCAGUACUUCCCGUCCAAUUACGUCGAGGACAUUUCAUCGGCUGAUGUGGAGGAUCUGGAGAAGCAGAUUAUUGAAGACAAUCCCUUAGGGUCUCUUUGCAGAGGAAUACUGGAUCUCAAUGCCUAUAAUGUUGUGAAAGCCCCACAGGGCAAAAACCAGAAGCCUUUCGUCUUUAUCCUGGAACCCAAGAAGCAGGGGGACCCUCCGGUGGAGUUUGCCACAGACAGGGUGGAGGAGCUCUUCGAAUGGUUCCAGAGCAUCCGGCAGAUCACCUGGAAGAUUGACACCAAGGAGAACAACAUGAAGUACUGGGAGAAGAACCAGUCGAUCGCCAUCGAGCUGUCAGACCUGGUCGUCUACUGCAAGCCAACCAGCAAGACCAAAGACAACUUAGAAAAUCCUGACUUCCGAGAAAUCCGCUCCUUUGUGGAGACGAAGGCUGACAGCGUCGUCAGGCAGAAGCCCAUCGAUCUCCUGAAGUACAAUCAGAAGGCCCUGACCCGCGUGUACCCGAAGGGACAGAGGGUGGACUCCUCCAACUACGAUCCCUUCCGCCUCUGGCUGUGUGGCUCCCAAAUGGUGGCACUCAAUUUCCAGACUGCAGACAAGUACAUGCAGAUGAAUCAGGCCUUGUUCUCGCUCAAUGGGAGGACCGGCUACGUCCUACAGCCUGAGAGCAUGAGGACGGAUAAGUAUGACCCCAUGCCACCCGAGUCCCAGAGGAAGAUUCAGAUGACCUUGACGGUCAAGGUUCUCGGGGCUCGCCAUCUUCCCAAGCCUGGACGAAGCAUCGCAUGUCCCUUUGUGGAGGUGGAAAUAUGUGGAGCUGAAUAUGACAACAACAAGUUUAAGACGACGGUUGUGAAUGACAAUGGCCUAAGCCCCGUUUGGGCUCCAACACAGGAGAAGGUGACAUUCGAAAUUUAUGAUCCAAACCUCGCGUUCCUGCGCUUUGUGGUGUACGAGGAAGAUAUGUUCAGCGAUCCCAACUUUCUUGCUCAUGCCACUUACCCUAUUAAAGGAAUCAAAUCAGGAUUUAGAUCUGUUCCUCUGAAGAAUGGGUACAGCGAAGACAUUGAGCUGGCUUCCCUCCUGGUUUUCUGUGAGAUGCGGCCAGUCCUGGAGAGCGAAGAGGAACUCUACUCCUCCUGUCGCCAGCUGCGGAGGCGGCAAGAAGAGCUGAACAACCAGCUCUUUCUCUACGACACACACCAGAACUUGCGCAAUGCCAACCGGGAUGCCCUCAUUAAAGAAUUCAAUGUCAACGAGAACCAGCUCCAGCUGUACCAGGAGAAGUGCAACCGGAGGUUAAGAGAGAAGAGAGUCAGCAACAGCAAGUUUUACUCAUAGAAGCCGGGGUAUACGUGUAAGGGUGUUGUGUGUGUGCGUGUGUUUGCGUGUAGAAGAAUGUGCUGCAUUCAGACUCUGGGAUCAUGCGAAUCUGUGAUGUCAUCCUCUGGUCAAGUCUACCGUCAAGAUCACAUUUCUGAAGGAGACCCGGUCGGCAUGAGUUGGGGCGAUUUCCUCCUAGUUUUUUCAUCCUAGACUAUUUCUUAACUUAUAAUUCUCUCUAGGGGAUCCUAAAAUCACGCUCCUCGUUUUCGGCCUCUUGUGUUCCAAACCUCAUUGAAUAAAAGCAGUGAAAACCUCGAACAGUUAGACCUUCUGCGCAUGACCUGCACGGGGAGCAGGAUUCCUUUUCUGGCUCUAAAAGCCCAGGUAGUUGACUUCCAUGGACGAUGAGCCCACAAUGUAAGCAACUAAUAAGUUAGAUUCUGAAAAGGAUUUUAACCGAAAGGCAAACGAUUCUACGGGUAAGGCCAUCGGCGUUCACUAGGGUGCAAAGAGGAGCCCUGCCCCUGGCCGCCACAUCUGCCCAGCCUCCCUGCCCCAGGUCAGCGGGCUCAGCUCACUGCACCUUAACUACCACUGGCUGGCUGGCUAGACAGACCUGCUACAGUGCCUGAGUCCAUGGAAUCUGUUCGUUAAGACAAUUUCUAGUUAAUGGUAGAGACUUGCUUUGUGACUGGAGUUAUUGGGAGUGAGAGGUGGAAAUUUUGGAGUCAUUUUGAUUUAAAAAGCCUGUUAGAAACCAGAGACCCAGCCAGCUUCUUGCUCACACCUGCUCUGCCCAUUCCUGAGCUGGCUGUGUGACCAUGGGGGAGGGCCCUGGGUCUGCAGCUCCCAGAGACAAGAGGUCAAUUUACUGAUUAAAUGAGGUGAUGCAAGUUAGGCUCCAGUGGGGAAUUCCUCUGAGUGACUCAGUUUUCUGUAGCAGCAAGCUGAGCCUUGGGGCUUCAGCAUUAGAAAACUACAGAAAAUCUCAGAUGCAGCCACCUCAAUGCAGCAAACCCACCUAGGACAAGAGAACACUCCUCUGUAUCUUGAGAUACAAUAUAAUGAUUUGUACAGUGUGAUGAUUUAACAAGGCUUUUUAAAGAUGAGGACAAUAAUUGAAGGUGUGGUUAGUAGAUUGGUAGCUUAGCAUGAGUUGAGAACCGACUUAGAGGGAAAAGGUGUAACUGAAGAGAAGAUUGUGGUGGGGAGGAGCAAACUAGCAGGCAGUGAGACUGGUGGUUUUAAUUGGAUGGAACGGGGUCCUAGCAACCCAUUCAGCCCUCCCCUGGUUACCCUGGGCUCAGCGUUCACAGGACUGCUGGCGAGUACAUGAAAACCAACUAGGCUCUCUCUGACCAAAAGACCUUAUCCUUUCAUUCCACAGAAAUUUCUUGCGCACCACCUUAUGCCAGGCACUAUGCCAAGGUCAUGGGGUACAAUGUUAAACAAAAAAAAUUUUGAAGGAAAAUAAAAAGCCAUGGUUACUGACCUUAGGGAACGUAUCCAUGUGCUUCUGAAAGAAAUGCAUUUUACCUUCUAAAAGCCAGGAGACUAGGUAAUAGCAGUUUGACCGAGGUGGGGCCCUCAUUUUGUAACAUUGUUUUAGUUAUUCCUUGAAUUGGGGGUUGUUAUUCUAUUUGGCAGCCAGCAACUCAGGGAACACACUACUCCUGAUGGUAGCAAGUGUUCUAAGCAAUUUUCAGGAAAGGCUGGAUGAAAAAGGCCUUGAGCUGCAGGCUGCAGGGAAGGAACGUACAGAUUCUGGAAGCCAGUGGCCCAUUAGACCCCCGGGGCCGGGUAGCCACCGGAGCCUGGUUACUGUACCUACACUGUACCACCCAUCCCCUACUGGCUCCAUUAUGACUUCUACACAGUGGAGCUCAGAUAUUGCUGUCAUUACCUGUUUUCAGCUCAGGAGUAAGGAAAAGACAUGCACCUUCCCACUUCAAUCCAUUCUAAACCCAAAAAGUUUAGUAAGGCCUGGACCUCCUUCCUGCUUAAAGUAGAUGUUUUGCUAAAGAAACUGAGAAGCGGUGGCAUAGAAAAGAAAGCAGGAGUUAAGCAUCUUUCACCUGCCACUGUGUAAAAAUCCAUACCCAGCCACAAGUGCAGAGGAAGAACAGGCAGGGGUUGGUGGUGGUUGGGGGGUGGUUAUACUAUGUAAAUGGUGCUGGGAAGACCCUCUCCCUAAAACUGUCUCUUCCUCCUAGGUGCUCUAAUAACGCAAAUCCACCAUUAGACAAUAUUUGCUCUGGCUGCCACAUUCUCUUAAUAGGGUAACACAUGAAUUUAAUUCUUGGUGGUGGUAGGAUUCUCUCAGGAAAGACACAGGAGGGGAAAGUGAAGGGUGCAGAUGACAUCAUUGCUCUCAAGAGUCUUUCUGCAUGCCACAAAACCUAAGUCCUACAAAGGAUCUGUCUGAGAUUAUGGUUUAACAGUCAGGGGUUAAGCACAGCUCAUUCAAAUCAAGAGUCGGGACAGCAACAUCUUGAAAUAUGGCUGCAGCAUUGAUGGACUGAAACCACAAUUGUGUAUGUGUUAAAAUUUUUCUUCAUCAUCAUUUUCCUUGGGUUAUGAUUGAAGCAUCAGUAAUUACAUGGACAAAUGAGAGGGGGGAGCUGGUUAGAUCAUUAGGAUUUGGAAAAUUUGGGUUAUACAAAGUUAAAUAAUUGUUUUCCGUGAGAAUUGGAUAUUCUAAUGUGCAUAGUUAAGAGUGGUGUAGAAUAUCACAUUUCCCAAAUUUGAUCUCAGGACCCUUUUGCCAAGGAAUCUCUCGUGGGGCUAAUGUACAGUGGAAUACAUUUGGAGACUUGCUGCUCUAUUAAGAAGGCAGCCAGGCAACAUAGUCUAAUAAUGUACAGUUGAACCUUGACCAACAAGGGGUAUUAGGGCCACUGUCCUCCCCCACAACCGUGCAAUCAAAAAUCCACAUGUAGCUUUUUACUCUCCCAAAAUUUAAAUACUAAUAGCCUGUUGUUGACCAGAAGUCUUACCAAUAACAUAGUUGAUUAGCACAUGCUUUGUAUGUUAUAUAUGCUGUAUCCUUACAAUAAAGUCAGCUAGAGAAAAGAAAAUGGUAAGAAAAUCAGAAGGAAGAGAAAAUGCAUUUACAGAAUUGGGAAAAAUCCCCAUAUAAGUGGACCUGUGCAGUUGAAACCUAUGUUGUUCAACUGUAUACGUCCUGUGACCUAGUUAAACAAAAUCUAAACUUAAGCCACCAAGGUCACUGGUCUUUCAACUGGGCCAGCCUUACCCCUAGCAGUCUUCCAGAGCUUUCCAGGGAACACACAGACUCAAAUAGUUUUAGGGGAUCAAUUUUCAGAUCUUCACCUUCCUAUUGUAAAUUUUCUUAAUCAUGUGCCUGAGAAAGUGCCCUUUUCUCUCUCAAAAAAAAGAAACUAUCUUUCUGCAUCUUCGAUCUUACUGUAGAGCAUGACUCAAGGCGUGAAAUUCAAACUAUGGGUGUUUAGACAGUGAGAGAUUCUUAACAGCAGGGUGCAAAUCCUUUUGCAAGUCUGGUGGUUCCCAAUUCUUUUGCUUUCAACAAACUUGAAGGAACACCCAAGAUUUCUGAAUAUUUUAGCAUGUAAUUUCAAAGGCAUUGGAAGAAUUCAUUUAUCCUGCUAUUACAAACUCCUUCUGUUCCCAUCUACUUAUCACUGUGAACAAGGAUUAUCAACACUUUCAUACAGAAAUUUUAAAAGAAUAGAAUUGAUGUUGGACCAUGACCAUUCUAACAAAGAUAAUAUUAAUCUACAGAUAGAUGAAAUAAUUGGGCUGGGGGAAGCCUUCCUCAUCUCAUUGAGUAAUACAUUGCUAAUUAAAUUUUACUAUGGUUAAUAAUUUAUUAAAAUUUGUACUAUAUUUGUUUAUUGUUCAAGUUCAGUCCAGGAGAAAAAAUGUAAAUACACAGAGCCUUAUAAGAUCACAUUUUGUUACGGAUCUACAAUUAAGCAAUAAAAAGGCCAAAAAUAAUUAAGCUAAAAUUUUGAGGGGGAAGUAAAUUAAAAAUACAAGUUCAAGGAGUAAAAGGAAAAGCAUGGCACUUCCUACAAUGAAAAAUCACUUUCUCCACGUAGUUUCUGUAAGGGCGAGGGCAUCUGUCCAAUGAGCACUGGGUGCAGAGCCUCUCGGCUGAGCUCAAAACCGAACAUAGUGGUUUUAUUUAAAGAGGCGCUAUCAACAAUAUGCUGGCACUUUUAUCCUUUGCAACCAUUUAUGAUGAAAAUUUUUAAGCAAAAAUUUAAAAAUCUACUUCAGUGGUAUCUGAGCAUAAAGUUUUGAUUGUCUCAUCAAGGGCCACUGAAUGAUGAGUUCCGCUGGAAGCAAGAGUGGCUGAGAGGGGCUGCAGUGCUUUUAACUCUUACAAGGAAUGUGACUUAAACUUUUGUCGUGUGUGACAUUUAACUUUUUGGAGGCAACCCUAGAAGUCAUAUUCUAGCCAAUAAAAAGUUAAUAAUUAGAUUAAGAAAUCUGCAGAAUUACAAAAUUGGCAUUGGAAAAAUACUCAAUGAUUUGUCUCAGGUUUUUAAUUUUCAAAAAAUUUUUAUCUUGAAGAGCCAGAUUUCUGUCUCUCAGAAAUUUCCACACUUUAUUUUUCAUUAGGCUUUAAAAAGCUGCAUUUGUAAACUUGUGCUUAAUUAUUAAAGCUUAAUUUAUUUUUUAUAUAAAUAGUGUGUGCUUCUGUGUACAUAGAGAAUAAUGUGUAUAAGUCACACAAAUGUUGGCUAUCGUUAAUGUGAAAAUUUAAAUGGCUGUAUCACAUUUUUAAAAAUAAAAAUUUGAUCUAAAUGAAUGCAA